UUGCUUCCGUGCCACUAAGUCCUCAACGUCGUCGUCGACGAGCAUGCCGCCAAUACGGGACAAAUUCACGAUACACUCUAAAGCGGUGGUCUGCCAGGACGUCGAGCUCAAGGGAGACAUCACCAUCGGCGCUGGGACUAUUGUGCACCCGAAGGCGACCAUCUUUGCGAUCGCUGGCCCAAUUGUUAUCGGCUCGGGUUGCAUCAUCGAGGAGGGCGCAAUCAUCGUGAAUCGACGGAAGGAAGUGAUGCGCAUUGGGGAUGACAAUCUGUUCGAGAUCCAUUGCCGAGUCGAGUCGCCCAGCAUCGGGAACUUCAAUACUGUUUCUGCUCGCGCCCGAGUGCAUCACACCGUCCGCAUCUCUUCAUACUGUGUGAUCGGUGCAGGCUGUCUCGUCGUCCCGACAGAAGACGAAGUUCUCGACGAGUACACCGUCAUCUAUGGCCCCGCUGCUGAGCGUCGCAUCUGGAGCGGCAGAGGCAAGAUCCAAGAGGCAGAUCUGAGGAGGAAACACGCGGAAUAUCUGAAGGAGAUGUUACCCAAGUUCAAUCGUCUACGAAGGGGUGAUGGGACAUAAUAUGUCUUCAUUUCGUGUCUAUUCUUGCUGUAGCAUACGGGUCCUAUCAGGGCUUGUUUGUAUCAUCAUUUUCGUACCUCUUAGGAGGUAGAUAUCAUGGAUGUCGUCAUGUUUCUCCAAAGCGGUUGUCGAGAUAUCACUCAGAGAGAGCACCAGGAAUGCAUCGCCAAGGAUUAAACUUGUGUAUAUCUUCAAUUAUGAC